AUGGCAGUAAUAAAUGGUGCUUUAGGCAAACUGGAAAAUCUUUUCAAUUUUCUUACGCCUUUAGUUGAGGAUGAAGAGGAUAACAAUGAAAAUCGAAAGCGUAGAAAACUGUCCUAUGACCUUGUAGGUCAGCAAAAUUAUGUCGAAGAAAACGGUUCAAAUCAAAAGCCGAUCGCACGAUGCAAAAGCACGGUCCAGUUUCCGAUCACAUUUUACAAUGUUGACAAACAACUAUUGAAAGAAUCAGCUCUAUUAUUAGAUAAAUACAACGAAAAACAAGCACUGACUGUAGAAUGGUGCUAUACUAAGUUGAUCGAUUCUACAUUUGCAUCGAUGAAGAUCAUCUCGUUAGAAAGCGCUGAGAUUGUUGUUGAGCAUGAAUGUGUCGUUAGAGCGGAACAGUUUAAAGAAGACUUAACUGAGGCUUGCGAAACUGAAACGGAUCUGUUUGUUGCAUUGGUAUAUGCAUCCUCUACUGGUUUAGUAACGGUUUCCAAUAUUAAAAUUCGCUCAUCCGCAAAUACGUUUGACCGAAACCAGGAGCCUAUGAAUUUACAUCUUGAUCUGGCAUACAGUAUGGAUCCAGCACACAAAAAAAAGGCGUCUAAACUUAUCUGCGCAUUGUCAAAAAAACUGAAGAUCAAAACACUACCAGCAUCAACGCAUGCCAAGAAACAAUUAGGGGGCAUAGAGAAUAUACCUAGUAGAAGCUUGAAUAGAAGUACAAAGGUCGAAAAUAAAUUCAUGGGCGCAAAAACGAGGAAAGAAGCAGGUAGUGCUGGUAUUACCGAUAUAAAUGUCAAAGUUGAGAAUUACAAAGGUAGUGAGGCGUCUUUAGCAUCCUCGACAUCUAUGAAUACGAAGGCCAUACCCGUAUAUAUUCAGGCAUUAAAUUUAAUUGAAACUGUAACAACAAAAACGCCACAGUCAGAGCAAAGCACAAUCCCCAUUGACAAUUCUGUUGAACAGUUUUAUGCUUUCCUACAGCCUGAAGUAUCAAAAAUGCAUUUACGUCAAUAUACUUCACCAGAAGUUAUUGCUACAUUAACGCCCUUCCAAACACAAAAUACUCAAUGGAUGAUUAGUAGAGAGGCACACUAUGUGAACGGGGAUGGAGUUGUGAAAGCCAAUCCCUUCGUAUAUAGAGAAUUACCAUUAUUGUAUGCCGGAGAGCACCAAACUUCAACGACAGGAAAUUACACCAAUCUUAUGACUGAUGCUACCAGUACUGAUCGGAAAGCUAUUUCUGAUUUGAUCGAUCGAUCCUACAGAGGCGGAAUUCUAGCCGAUGAGAUGGGUUUAGGAAAGACUAUUAGUGUGCUGAGCCUAGUAGCAAAACACAAGUACAAUCCCUCAGAUUUAUAUCAUCCUAAAGAGGAUGACUUUCCUAAUCUGACAGUUGUAAGAAGCACUCUCAUCAUAGCGCCCGGAUCUAUCGUCAACCAAUGGAAGUCUGAAAUAGAGAAGCAUGCUCCUAGCCUAAAAGUACUUGUGUACGAGGGACGUCGAAAGGAUCCAACUAUUCAACCAUAUGAUUUUGCAGAAUAUGACAUUGUUUUAACUCAUUAUGAGGCAUUCACAUCAGAAAUUCAUUAUACCAAACCUCCUCCUAAACGGCCUAGGAGAUCAGGCGUCGAAUAUAAACGAGAAUUCAUGAUUAGCCCUUUGGUUGCUACUUUAUGGUUUCGUUGUAUAUUAGAUGAAGCGCAAAUGAUUGAAGCCCCUUUGACGAGAGUUUCAUCCGUCGCUAAGCUAAUUCCUCGGUGGUAUUCAUGGGCUGUUACCGGUACUCCUAUGAAACGAGACUUCAAUGAUCUCUACGGUCUCUAUGAUUUUUUAUCUUUAGAAGAAACCUUAAAUCGAGAAAAAGAUUUUAGAUUACUAUGUACAGAUCCCCGUUACAGAACGAUUUUCUAUAAUUUUGCGAAAACAACUAUUAGAAGAAAUGCCAAGUAUAUGCUUGAGAACCAAAUACAUAUUCCUGAACAGCAUCGUCAUGUUGUUCGUAUACCCUUCACACAAAUUGAGCAGCAUUAUUAUGAUGAUCUAUGGAGGGCCUGCCGAACUGCAUUACGUCUGGAAUGGCUGGAUAGUAUCAAUUGGACAUUACCACCAAAUGCUUCUCAGCAAACAAUAAAUGACUUUGAUGCUAUUCAAACAAGAAUGAGAACCUGGUUACUAGCCUUACGUCAAAAUUGUGUUCAUCCAUCCAUAAUUACGAAUACUUCUAUGAAGCUAAGCGUUUCCGCAAAUGUUAAUAACAAGAAGUUUCAGUCUUUAGAUGAAGUGUUAAUGGAUAUGGGAAAAUCUGCUAAAACAGCGUUAGAUGACAAUCAAUACUCAUACUACAAAAUGCAACUGAAAUAUGGUGGCAUGUUUGAAUUGCUGAAACAAUUUGAUAGAGCAGCUAAAGUCUAUCUCAAAUACAUUCCAAGUGUACAAGAAAUUGUGAAAGACAAUAUUAAAGAAUUAGCCGAUCAUUGUAAAUUGAAAAAUCAAGAGAAGGGAAGAGAAUAUGCUGAAGGAACAUCUUCCUUGGUGACUCUUAGAGACGCCGAUAAUGAGGAGAAAGAAAUUAAAGAUGAUAGAGUAUCUGUUUUGUUAUCCCAGCGACUGUCAAAAUGGCGCAUGCUGUUACAUCAGUAUUAUUUCUUCCUCGCGGGCGUGUAUCAUGCCAUAGAAAAUCAGGAGCAGGAAGAUUACUAUUAUUCAGAAGCCAGUGCGAUACGUCGUCAGUUGUUAGAGCCUAAUGCUUUAAAUGUCAAAACAUAUACGGAAGAAAUGUUGAAAGCAGCCGCACGAAUUGAAGCGAAUGAUGAGUUAAAAUGCGGAAGUAGAUCUAUUUCCUUCGACUUCUUACAAAAAAUAAGCUAUGAUGAUGACGAAGAUAGCGAUGAUGAUGAGCCUUUUGAUAUUGUCAAAGAUCAACUCAAAAAUGAUGAACCUAAUAACUUCAGAGAAGGUUCACAGCGAAAAGCUGAUCUCAAUUUGUUAUGGAAUGUCAAAUAUAUCGGGGGUCAAUUAGAUGACCAGCUAGAGAAAAUAUUAUUUUUGCGGAGUAAAAUUAUACCUAUCCUUUCGAAACCACUAGUCGAUAAUGAUGCAAAUGAUGAGGUUACCGGCAAUGAAUAUGAGGAAUCACUCGAGCAGCAGGAGUUGUGUGAAAUCUACUUAUCAGCAUAUCAAAAUCUUCUAAAAGACAGAAGAUUCAUCGUUAAAGGCAUAGUAGCCCCUUUGUCAGACUUAAGUGAUUCAGAUUGGGACAAUGGAGAGUUUGUAAGCGAGCGUGGACGACGGAUUGAAGCCAAUGAAAAGAGCUUUCGGAAACAGAUUAUGUUCCCAGGAACUUUCCAUAUCGAAUGCUUAAAAGAUAUCGAAGUGUCCUUGAGGGGUUUGAGGAGAAAAAUUGCUGAAUAUCCAGACAUGCAUGAAAUUGAAGAUUUGCUAAAAAAAGAGCACGAUCAUAUUCGAUCUCAUAUACCUCUGCAAACAAAGUUAAUUGAUCUUUUGGAUACUGAUUUUAGAAGGAUUUCACAAUUAUUUAAUGGGCGCAUUGCGUAUUAUAAAUACUUACAAGCAAUUUCAGAUACUCUAGUUGAAUGGAAUGAUCCAAAUCCAGCGCGACAACUGAGCAAAAUUGAAAUUCAAAGCGAAAAAGUGUUGGAAAUGAUCAGUCAAAGCAGGUCAAGAGCAAUGUAUUUUAAAACGCUCAUCGAAGAACAGAAGAAACUGGAUACGGAAGUUGAGAAUAAAAAGCCAAAAGAUUGUCUUAUCUGUCAAGAGCCCUUCGAGAAAGGCAUAAUUACUUAUUGUGGACAUACAUCUUGUGUCGAAUGCGGUAUUCGUUGGUUCAAGUCGAGUAAGAGAUGCCAUACCUGUAAUGCUACUGUAAAGAUGAACGAAUGGUACAACAUAUCCUAUAAAAAGAUUGAAAUGCAUAACAAGGAGGAUAUCAAUCCCGUUCGUAGCAGUUGUACAUCUUCAUCCUCUUUAGCAUGCAUCAAUAACGUAAAUACGGAUAAUCAGGUUGAAUUGCAUUCGCUUAUUCAAAAAAUUGGUAGGCAAAAAAUUGUUGAAGGACAAGGUGCCAAACUAGACAGCAUUCUUCGACACAUUAAAUACAUCAAAGUAACAACACAAGGCAAAUGUGUUGUCUUUUCACAGUGGACCAAAGUGCUAGAGAUGCUUUCCCUGGGCCUGAAGAGAAAUGGCAUUAAAUAUGUACAAUUAAACUCUGGCUCUUCAACUAAUAAGAACACAGUUACGAAGUUUCAGAAUGAUCCUGACAUUAGUGUCAUUCUUUUACAUGCAAGAAGUCAAUCCAGUGGCUUGACUUUGGUUGCUGCACAAACAGUCUUUAUUGUGGAGCCUGUUUUAAAUGAGUCAAUGGAGAAGCAGGCUAUUAAUCGUAUCCAUCGUAUUGGUCAGAAGAAAGAGACAAAUGUAUUCUGGUACAUUGUUCAGGAUACUAUUGAAGAACGUAUUCAAAAAAUUCAUGAUCUUAGAAGAGAUCACAGCAAGGAUCAUUAUAUGAACAAUAACGAACAUCACCAGCUAUCAAAGCUCUCAGAUGGUGGAGGUGAGUUCGUGGCGGAUGAUGAUCUUCGUCGCUGCUUCACGUGUGAUGAAUCGUAUGCCUUGCGAUUGUGA